GCGGCAUCGUUUCCAGUCACAAACAGAGCUGCAGCAGCAGCAGCAGCAGCAGCAGCAGACACAGCAGCAGCAAAUGCUUCACGAGCAUCUUCAGAAGAAGCAACAACUCGAAAGAGUCGCCGCAGGAAGCGACACAGCCGCAGCAGCAGCAGCAGCAGCAGCAGCAGUGACUCAGGAGAGAAGCAGCUGCUGCAGCUGCAGCUGCAGCAGAUGCAGCAAACGAUUUUAAAAACGCAAGAAAUGCUGCUGCAGCAGCAGCUUCUGCUUCUGAAUCUCGAGCAGCGCAUGCAGCAGCGCAGCAGCAACGACUGCCGUGAACAACCUGCAGCAGCAGCGGCAGCAGCAACUGCUGCUGCUGCCGCUGCUGCUAGUGCUUCUGCUGUUUGUACACAACAUAUCGCAGCACCGCAUGAUCAGCAGCAGCAGCAGCAGCAGCAGCAGCAAAGGUAUAAACCUUUCACGGUGAAAAGGCAGCAGCACAGCGACGAUGAGCAGCAGCAGCAGCAGCAGCAAGUGCUGCUGCAGCAACAGCAACAGCAGCAGCAGCAGAUAGGCUCUUGGAUGCAAGCGCAGUGCAGAGCUGAUGGCGCGGCGCAGCAGCAGCAGCACACCUACGGUGCUGCUGCUGCUGCUGCUGACGCAGAAUUGCUGCUGCAGCAAAAGGCUAUGAAACGGGAGCAGCGACAAAGGAGGCGCAGCGCGAAGCUGCAACAGCAGCAAGAGCAGCAGCAGGAGGAAGAGCAGCAGCAGCAGCAGCUACUGCUAUCGCUGCAGCACCAACAGCAGCAGCGGCACGAGCAAAAGCGAGAGCAGCUGCAGCAGAAACAGCAGCAACAAGAGCUAGAGGACAUGCUUCGAAUGGGGCGGCGGUGCAAGCAGCAGCAACGGGAACAGCAGCAGCAGCAGCAGCAGCAGCAGGAGCUGCAGCAGCAGCGAGUGAAGCAGGAGGCAGCUGAUCUGCUGCUCUUCCCUGAAGCAGCAGCACCUGAGGGCUGGUGUGUGUACAGCAGCGACGACGAGCGCAGCAGCGGCAGCAGCAGCAGCGACUGCAGCAGUAGCAGCGAUGUCGAUGAAGAGCCUUCAGUAGCAGCAACAGCAACAACAGCAGCAGCAGCAACAGAUGGCACCCCACAGUCCCUAUCGCCGUUGCUGGGAUCGUUCGAUCCCGCAGCAGCAGCUGCAACUGACAGCAGCUCAGCAGCAGAUGCUGCUGAGCUGCUGUCAGAUGAUGAAGAGCAGCAGCUGCCUCAAUCGCUUCUGCGUGAAGGACAGAACAGCGAAGAGGCCCAGAGGGAGUUGCUGCUGCAGCAGCUGCAGCAGCAGCAGCAGCAGCAAGAACUGCUGCUGCCACUGGAAGAGACGUUGGACUCUGAUCAGCAGUCUGAUGACGACACAGAAGCAGCAGCAGCAGCAGCAGAAGCAGCAGCAACAGCAGCAGCAGCAGCAGCAGCAGAUACUUUUGCUGCUGCUGCUAGUAUACAUACACCCGAAAGCAGGAACUCAGCCAAACGCCGUAAGCACCGCAGCAUUGACGCAGCGGGCUGGCAGCAGCAGCAACAGCAACAAGCACAGCAGCAGCAGCAGCAGCAGCAGCAGCAGCAGCAGCAGCAGCAGGAACGAGAGCAGCAGCUGCAGCAGACACAGCUUCCGGAUGAAGAGCCUGCAGCAAAGCCCAAGAAGAAAAAGGGCGCAGCAGCAGCUGCAACAGCAGCAGCAGCUGCAACAGCAUCAGCUGCUGCAACAGUAGCAGCUGCAGCAGCUAGUGAAGCAGCAGCACCAACGGAAAUUGCAACAGCAGCAGCAGCUGCUGCUGAUUCUGAAGACGCAUCAACAGCAGCAGCCGCAGCACCGGAUGCUGCAGCAGCUACUGCUUUUGCUGCUGCACCGAAGCACAAGAAGCAGCGGGUGCUGCGGCAUGAGAUUAUUCAAGGCCCAUACAGCAGCAGCAGGAAGAAGAGACAAAAGCUGCUGCUGCUGCUGCAGCAGCAGCAGCAACAGCAAGAGCGCCACAAGAAGAAAACCAAUCGCUUAAAAGCAAGUGUUACUGCAGCAGCAGAAGAGACCCAGCGGCAGCAACCCUCUUUGCUGCAGCAGAAACAAUAUGAGCAGCAGCAACAACAAGAGCUGCAGCAGGAGCAUGAGGAGGAGCUGCAGCAGGAGCUGCAGCAGCAGCAAGAGCGGCAUAAAAAGAAGACAAACCGCUUAAAAGAAGCUGUUGCUGCAGCAGCAACUGAUGACACUCCACAGCAGCAGCAAACCUUUCUGCUGCAGCAGCACGAGUACGAGCAGCAGCAGGAAGAGCUGCAGCAACAGCAGCAGCAGCAAGAGCGGCCAAAGAAGAAGGCAAGUCGCUUAAAAGCAGCAGUUGCUGCUGCUGCAGCUGCUGCAGUAGCAGAUGGCCCUGUGCAGCAACAAACCUCGUUGCUGCAGCAGCAGGAAGAGCUGCAGCAGCAGGAAGAGGGACAGCAGCAGGAGGAAGAAGAGCUGCACCAACAGCAGCAAGAGCGGCACAAAAAGAAGACACGUCGCUUAAAAGCAGCAGCUGCUGCUGCUGCAGCAGCAGAUGAUGGGCCGCAGCAGCAGCAAAGCUUGCUGCUGCAGCACCACCAAUACGAGCAGCAGGAAGUGCCGCAGCAGCAGCAGCAGCAAGAGCGGCACAAGAAGAAGACAAACCGGUUGAAAGUAGCAGCAGCAGCUGCUGCUGCAGCAGAUGAUGGCCCGCAGCAGCAGCAGUCCGUUCUGCUGCAGCAGCAGCAGCAGCAGCACGAGCAGCAGCAGCAACUAAGUGCAUGCGUUAAGAUCCCAAAUGAGAAGCACAAAAGAAAGAUUGCGAAAGCAGCGAAAACUGCAGAUUCUUCUGCAGAUGAGCUUGAAAGACAAGCAGCAGCAGCAGCAGCAGCAGCAGCAGCAGCAGCAGCAGAAGCAGCAGCAGCAGCAGCAGUAAGCGCAUCUCCCACAGACGCAUACAAUAGUAAUGACGAAGACGCAGCAGUAGCAGCAGAAGAGGAGGCAGCAAGGGAGAAGCAGCAGAAGAAGAAGCACUCUGCUGCAGAAGUCCGCAGCAAAAUUUGCUGCUGUUUGCUGCGGCAGCGCCGCUACUUCGCUGCUACAGCUCAGGAGGGCAGAGCUUGCGGCAGAAACUUCCUAGGCCUGGGAGUGCUGCUGCUGCUGCUGCUGCAGCGGCUGCUGCUGCUGCUGCUGCUGCUGCUCCCGGUGUGCCGUCUAUCCAAACCCUUCUUGGGUGGUAGACGCAACAGAAAACACCGGAUCAGCAGCAGCAGAGGCAGCUGCAGCAGCAGCAACAACAGCAACAGCAGCAGCAACUGCAGCAGCAGCAGCAGCAGCGGCAGCAGCAGCAGCAUGAGGUCACCUCUCCCUAUUGAUCUGCAAGCGACGCGAACCCCACAGCGUCGUCCGCUUCACAAUGAGCAGCAGCAGCAUGAAGUACUGCAGCAGCAGCAGCAGCAAGAGCUGCAGCAGCAGCAGCAGCAUCAGCAGCAAGUACAGCACCAAGUGCAGCAACAGCAACAGCAACUGCUGCUGCAGCAUGACAAUGCAGGGAUAACGUACGAAGAAGAGCGUCUGCUGCUGCUGCAGCAGGUACGUGAGCAGCAGCAGCAACUGCUGCGGCAAGAGCGGCUGCUGCAGCAGCUGCUGGCGGAGAACAGCGAGCUGCAGCGGCUGUCUCCUUUAAGGAGCAGCAGCAACAGCAACAGCAACUCAGUCCUCGACCAACACCGCCAGCUGCAGCAGCAGCAGCUGCUGCUGCAGCAGCAAGAGGCCUUCCUUCUGCAUGCACAGCCAAACUCGCAAAGCAUCGCAGCUGCUGCCGCUCCUCUGAAGGCGCAGCAGCUGCAGCAACAACUGCAGCAGCAACAGCAGCAGCAGCAGCAGCAGCAGCAGGACCUGUGGCAGCGGCAUACGCCGAAGAAGCAGCGGACGGCGGACUCGCAGCAGCAACAGCAGCAGCAGCAGCAGCAGCUGUGGGACAACAGCAGCUACAGCCGCUUGUACAGUAGCAGCAGCAGCUGCUGCUAUAACAGCAGCAGCAGCAGCAGCAGCAGCAGCAGCAGCAGCCACUACAGCAGUUUCCCCAGCCACCAGCAGAGGGGUCCCGUCGUCGUUCCCUUUGAGCUGCUGCUGCAGGAACAGCUGCAGCAGCAGCAGCAGCAGCAGCAGCAGCAUCACCAGCUGCAGCAGCAGCUUCUUUUGCAGUUGCCGCAUUACACGCGUGAUCUGCAGCAAACGCAUGCACACGAGCAGCAGCAGUUGCUGCAGCAGCAACGCAGCUGCAGAAUUAAGAGCAGCAGCAGCAGCAGCAGCAACAGCUGCAGCAGUGGCACUCAUAGCGAAAGCUACAGCGACAGCAACUGCAGCAGCAGCAGCAGUCGCAGCAGCACCAUUCGGCGCGCAAGAAGAAACAGCCGCUGCAGCAACGGCAGCAGCAGAGACAGCAGCUGUAGCACCGCACGCAGCAACAGCAGCAGCAGCAACAGCAGCGGCGGAGACGAGGGGAUCAGCGACGAUGGAAGCAGCAAUAAAAGCAGUAGCAGAAGCAGCAGCAGCAGCAGCAAAAGGUUAAGGUUUGGGCGGGGCCUUUAUGCGCGCCGACACAGCAGCAGCAGCAGCAGCAACAGUAGCAGCGGGGAAGACAGCAGCAGCAACUGCAGCAGAAUUGGUUAUGGUUGCAACGGCCGCCGUCGCAGCAGCAGCAGCAACAGCAGCAGUAACAGCGGCACAGACAGCAGCAGCAGAAGCAGCAGCAGCAGAGCACACGAGGCUUCUGACGGGGACAGCGAAGAUAUAGCUGCUGCUGCUGUAGCACCUGCUGCUGCUGCAUCAGCUGCUGCUGCUGACCGUGGAGCGGCGGAUGCCGCUGCAACUGCAGGACGGCCCAAACUGGAGCAGCAGCAACAGCAGCAGCAGCAGCAACAAGAGCAGCAGCAGCAACAACAACAGCAGCAGCAGCAGCAGCAGAGCAAACGACAAUACAGCAAACGGCGGCGCAUUGGGAAGCGACAGGGCGCAGCCGCAGCACGAGCUGCUACUGCUGCACUUGCUGCUGCUGCUGCUGCUGCUGCAGCAAAGCAGGCUAAGAAGGAAGCAGUUCGGGUGCUGUCAGCAGCAGCUGCUGCAGCAGAUUCCUGCGAAGAGGAGACGCAACACUUACUGCUGCUGCAGCAGCAGGAGCAGCUUGAACAACUGCAGCAGCAGCAGCUGCUGCUGCUGCAGGUCCCUGCUGUUGCGCCUCUCUGGCUAGGGCGCCUGCAGCAGCUGCUGCUGCAGCUAAACCCUAAUCAUGUCGAAGACGCCAUCGCCAAUUGCAGCAGCAGCAGCAGUCCGCUGCAGCUGCUGCGGGUCGCUGCUUCAGUACGAUCAGCAGCAGCAGCAGCAGCAGCUGCUGCUGCUGCUGCUGCUGCUCCAGGAGAAGCACCAGCAGUUCAGCUGGGGCCCCCAGCAGCAGCAGCAGGAGUGUCUAUUCACCAUGCCUUGGUGCUGCUGCUGCGAGGCUGCAUGCGUGCAAGUGCUGCAGCAGCAGCACAACUGCUGCUUGCUGCUGCUGCUGUAGCAGAACCCAGCGCGCAGCACCCGCAGCAGCAACAACAGCAGCAAGUCUUGCUGCUCCAGCUGCAGCAGCAGCAAGAUAUCUCGUUCCUGCAGCAUUUAGCAAUAGCCUUUGGGCACGUGAACAUCAACAGCAGCAGCAGCAGCAGCAGAAGCAGCAGCAGCAGCAAAAACAGCAGCAGCCGGCUGCAGCGGCGGCAGCAUAGAGUGCCCCCUCUGCUGCUGCUGCUGCUGCUGCUGGAGUUGCUGCAGCGGCCACUGCUCCAACAGACUCUACUGCAGCAGCCUCCGGUGCUGCUGCAGCUGCUUCACCUUUGCUGCUGCGUGUCGACGACACCCCACAGGCGGCAGCAGCAGAAGCGAAAGCAGAAGCAGCUGCAGCAGCAGCAGCAGCAGCAGCAAUGCGGUGUUUGUCGCAUGCAUAAAUGCAUUCAUGAGGGGCUGUGUAGAAUGCUGAGCAUUCCGCUUUGGCCUUUGCUGCUGCUGACGGGGUUCUUGCUGCAGCAGCUGUCGCCUGCUGCUGUUGCUGCUGCUGCUGCUGCUGCAAAAGCACCCGAUGAGGCGCAGCUGCUGAAGAUGCUCAAGCAGCAGCAGCGCCAGCAGCAGCAGCAGCAGCAGCAAGAGCAGCAACAAGGCCACGCUGCUCGGCUACUGCAGCAAUUUGCUGCGUAUCUUCUUUCGCAGGCAGAGAAACUGAGGGAGAGUCUUGCUGCUGCCAGCAGCAGCAGCAGCAGCAGCAGCAACAACAGUAACACACGAUGCAGCAGGAGAGGGGGUGGGCGACGGCUGCAGCAAUUCUUGCAGCUCUGCUGCGUCCUUAAUCACCUUCGGCCCCAGCAGCAGCAGCAGCAGCAGCAGAGAGGCCUGCAGCAGCAGGGGCUCCUCCCAACUCAGCAGCAGCAACAGCAGCAGCAGCAACAGCAGCAGCAGCAACAGCAACAGCAGCAACAGCAGCAGCUGCUGCUGCUGCUAGGUGCCGUUGCAUCAUGGGCCAGCGCGCGGCGCUUUUGCCUCCGUCGCUGUAUAAACAGCAGCAGCAGCAGCAGCAGCAGCAGCAGCAGCAGCAACAUAUGGCAACAGCAGCAACGGCAUCUGCAGCAGCAGCAGCGGUUGCUGCGACUUUUGCUGUAUGCAGUGAACUAUUGGGCUGUGGCUGUAGCUACACCCCACACAGCUCUCAAGUUUGCUGCUGCUGCUGCUGCUGCUGCAGGCUCCGCAGGAGCUGCUGCUGUUGCUGCUGCAGGCUCCGCAGGAGCUGCUACUGCUGCUGCUGCUGCUGCCCCCCAGGAGGCUGCUGCUGCUGCUGUUGGAGGUUCCCCAGUAGCUGCUGCUGCUGCAUUCGCAGCUACGGCUGCCGCUGGAAGCGGGCCCCAAGGGCUGGAGCAGCAGCAGCAACAGCAGCAGCAGCAGCAGCAGCAACUGUUGCAGCCAGAACACAAGCAGCAGCAGCAACAGAAGCAGCAGCAAGUGCUUGAUCGCCUCGCCAAGGAUGCAUCUCAUGCUGCAUUUGCUGCAGCGCGACGAAUAGCUGCUGCUGCUGCUGCAGCAGCACCAGCUGCAGCAGCAGCAGCAACAGUAGCACUGAGCCCAGCAUAUCACGCCGCCUUGUCUCUGCUGAAACUGAACGGAGACAGCAACAGCUGCAGCAGCAACACCAGCAGUAGCAGCAGCAAUACGCAUUCAAAUGAGCAGCAGCAGCAGCUUACGCACGAGGAGCUGCAGCAAGCUGCAGCAGUUGUGCUGCAGUACCGCAGCAAGAAAGACUGUCCGAUGUAUUUGCUGCUGCUGCUGCUGCUGCUCCGCCGUGAACGCCGGCUGCCCUCAUUCGGCAGCGGCAGCAGCAGCAGCAGCAAGUAUAGGUGCGGCAUCCCUGCUUCGUGCUUCCUGCAGCUAACUGAAGCAGCCCAGCAGCAGCAGCAGCAGCAGCAGCGAAAGCAGCAGCCCUCUCAACAGCAGCAACAGAAGGAGCGACAGCAGCACCAGCUGCUGCAGCAGGAUUUGCUGCAGCGGGAGAGAGGAGCACUGGCAGCCAGCGGCUGCUGCUGCAUUGAUUGGUGUCGGCUUCUUCUCAAGCAGCAGCAGCAGCAGCAGCAGCAGCAGGUCUGUGUUUUUCUCCCUGCGCCUAUUGCACUGCAUGCAGCAGCAGCAGCAGCAGCAACGCAGCCGUUGCUGCCCAUGGCCUUGCUGCAGCUCUGCGACGCUCGGACGCACAAGCAGCAGCAGCAGCAGCAGCAGCAAAGUAACGCCUGUCCGUCGCACUGGUUGCUGCCCACAACAGCAGCAGCAGCAGCGGCACUUGCAGAAACACAAGCAGCAGCAGCAGCAGCAACAACCCGACUGCAGGCAGAUGAUGCUUCGCCUGCUGCACUAAGAACACAAACCACCGACAGCAGCAGCAGCAGCAGCAGCAGCAGCAGGAAGGACAGCGCUCUGGAUUUUGCUGCAGCAUGGGUCGACUCUUUGGUGCCUGCGUUAGAGCAGCAGCAGCACCAGCAGCAGCAACAGCAGCAGCAACUGAUGCUGCAGCACCUGCUGCUGGGACGCAGCAUACAAGAAGAAGUCGGUUGGCUGCUGCCCCGCGGAUGGCACCGGCAUGCUGCUGCUGCAGCAGCAGCAGCAGCAGCAACAGGAACAGGAACUGCAGCAGGUGGUACUGCUGCUGCUGCCGCUGCUGCUGCUGCUGCUGCACAUCAUGCGGGGUGUACCUACACCGUUUUGCUGCUGCUGUGGCGAGAAAUUCAAUCAGAUGAAUUUCUUGCCCUGGAAGCCUGUCCUGCUGCUUACCCGCUGCAGCAGCAGCAGCCGCAGCAGCAGCAGCAAAUGCAGCAGAGGGAUGCGUGUUUGGUUUGCGGCUCUUUCUGCUGCAGGAGCAGCAGCAACAACAAUAACGACAGCAGCAGCUCCUGCUGCUGCCGAAGGCAGCAGGUUUAUGAGUAUAGGACGUUCCUGGUUUCUCGUUUGCUGCUGCUGCUGCAGCAGCAGCAGCAAAACCCUUCCCUGCUGCAGCUGAGGCAUCUGCUGGCCAUCAUGCAGAAACAAACCCUUAGCAGCAGGAGCAGCAGCAGCAGCAGCAGCAGCGACAUGAACAGCUGCAGUAACAAAGAGAACGUCAAUAGCAGCAAUGGCAGCAGCAACAGCAACGCCAGCAGCAGCAACAGCAGCAGCACCACCACCACCAACAGCAGCAGCAGCAGCAGCAACAGCAGCAGCGGCAGCAGCACGCCUGGAUUAUGUGCAUUUGUGCGCCGUCUGUGUCGCUUUGCUGCCUUCCGAUUCCUUUGCUGCUUCCUGCAGCAGCAAGACAGGAACCAGUUCUUAACGGCACUGCAGCAGCAGCAGCAGCAGCAGCUGCUGCUGGUGCUGCAGCAGCAGCGCCAGCACGGGCUGCGUUAUUUGCGUAAAGAUACGGGAGCAGCAGCAACAGCAACAACAGCAGCAGCAAAACCAACAACAAUAGCAGCAGCAGCAGAUGCCCUGGACACAAGCAGCUGUGAAUCGGACACGCAGCAGCAGCAACAGCAACAACAGCAGCAGCAGCAGCAACAGCAGCAACAGCAGCAGCACAAGCUGCAGCGCCGGCGUCCUCCUCGGCCGCCUCGGCGUAUUGAAUUUUUUAGUUGGUUGCAACAAACCCCUGAGCAGCAGCAGCAGCAACAGCAACAGCGGGAGCAGCAGCAGCAGCAGCAGCGGGAGCAGCAGCAACAGGAGCAGCAACAGGAGCAGCAGCAACAACAGCAGCUGCUUCCGGCUGAAGAGUUCAUAGAGCUGCCAAGCAUGUACCGCUGCAGCAGCAGCACAUGCUGCUCAUGUGCAGCAGCAGAGGCUGCUGCUGCUGCAACGGCGCAGCAGCACGGAUCUGAGAACGCGGGAGCCGUAGCAGCAGCUGCUGAUAGUGAUGCUGCUGCUGCUGCUGUUGCUGCAGCAUGCUGCACCAAAAAGCAGCAGCAACAGCAGCCGCAGCAGCAACAGCACAAGCAGUGCUCAGUGCUACGAGGGAUUCAGGUGUCUCUGCAGCUCCUGUUUCUGCUGCGCAGCUGCUGCAGCAGCAGCAGCAGCAGCAGUUGCAGCAAAGCGCUGCGGUGUAUUGACAGCUUUGAGGAUGCAUGCAUCGACCUGCUGCUGCCGGGAGGCAGCAGCAGCAGCAGAACCGCAGCAGCUGCUGCUGCUGCAGCUUCCGCUGUACAUCCCUCAGCAGCUACGGUCUCCGAAGCAAAUGUAGCAGGUGCAGCAGCAGUAGCAGCAGCUGCAGCAAGGGGUCGCAGCCAGAGAAGCAGCAGCCCCGAAUGCAGCAGCAGGAGGAGCAGCAGCAACAGCAGCGAUCGGAGCAGCAGCAGCUGCUGCAGCGACAGCAGCAGCGCGGAAGAUAGCAGUAGCAGCAGGUGCAGCAGCAGAAGCAGCGCAGCUAUUGUGAUGGCUGGGCCUCAGCUGUCUAGACAGCUUGAGCAGCACGGGCUGUACGGUCAGCUGCUGCUGCUGCUGCUGCAGCACCGCAUGCAAACAACAGCAGCAGCAAAGCUUCCUGCUGUGUUUGGGUUGGCGGCGUCGCGCUGCUCGCUGCUUCCUGCUGCUGCUGCUCCUCUGUUGCUGCAGGUCUUAGGAGCUCUCACGAAGGCAGCAAAUGCGGUUGCUGCUGCUGCUGCUGCUGCGGCUGCUGCUGCGGUUGCUUCCGAUGGCAGCAGCAGCAGCAGCAGCAGCAGCAGCAUGUGCUGCAGUUUACUGGGAGGCCUCCGCUUCGCAUUCAUUGCCUUCGAAGACCUACCAAGAGAGCUGCAGCAGCAGCAGCUGCUGCUGCAGCAGCAGCAGCAAAAGCAGCAAGGGAAUCAACGCUGCUUCAGCGAAAGGCUGCUGAGUCAGCUGCUGCAGCUGCUGAUGCUGCUGCAGCAGCUCGCGACCUUCACAUACGGCUACUGCUACGAAAGUUUGCAGCUGGUCUCGCUGCAGCAGCAGCAGCAGCAGCAACAACAACAGAGCAGCAGAGCCAGUGCGUCUUCGCUUCGAUAUCUAACUGCUGCCAGCAGCAAAUGGGAGGAUGCUAAAGCAACAGCAGCAGCAGCAAGAGGCGUCUUUCUUCUUGCUGCUGAUACUGCGCAGCGCCUGCUCGAUGAAUGCAGCAGCAGCAACAGCAGCAGCAGCAGCAGCAAAGCUCUGCUUUCUGCUGCAGUGCAACAGCAAGUUGCUGCACUAGGGGAGUCAGCGAAGCGCCUGGAGCUGCUGCUGCAAGCAGCAGCAGCACAGGGCACCGGCCUUCAGCAAGAGCUGCAGCAGCAACUGCAGCAGCAACAGCAGCAACAGCAGCAGCAGCAGCAGCAGCAGCAACAGCAGCACGACAGCUGCAGCGAAGAAGAAACGAGUUUCUUAGAUGAUUUGGUUGACUAUGAGACGGAGGAUCCUCUCGAGCUGUACCUACGCGGGCAGCAGCAGCAGCAGCAGCAGCAGCCGUUGCUGCAGCUGGAGCAGCAAGCAGACACCCCUGCCGCAGCAGCAGCAGCAACAACAAUCAGCAGCAGUAGCAGCAGCAGCAGACACAAGUCUCUGCUGCGUAGCAGACAACUACCAACGGCCUGGGCCUCCUUUGUGCGUGGCCUCUGCAGCAGCAGCUUCUAG